CAAACCGCAGCUGAAAAAAAUAAAAAAAUGCUUAACAAAAGUCCGCUGUUGUUUCAUGUUUCUUAGGUCAGGCUGAGGCGCUUUUCUCUCUUCCCCGCUGUGUGAGCGCAGCAGCGUGCAUAACUUGGGAGAGAGAGAGAAAGGAUUCGGCAGAUUGGUGGCAAUAUGGCUGGUGAGGAGGCCAAGAAUUCCAGUGCUAAAGCAACCAAUAAAGGAAAAAAAAAGGAAGUGAAAAAAGAGACCGGCCUAGGCCUCUCUGCUAAGAAGGAUGACAACUUUGGGGAGUGGUAUUCUGAGGUUGUUGUCAGUGGUGAACUAAUCGAGUAUUAUGACAUAUCUGGUUGCUAUAUCCUGCGACCAUGGACAAUGUCUAUUUGGGAGAUCAUGCAAGCCUUCUUUGAUGCAGAAAUUAAGAAGAUGAAGAUCAAGAACUGCUACUUCCCUCUUUUUGUAUCCCCUGGUGUUUUACAAAAGGAAAAGGAUCACAUAGAGGGUUUUGCUCCUGAGGUUGCUUGGGUCACAAAAUCAGGACAAUCUGAUUUGGAUGUGCCAAUUGCAAUUCGUCCUACAAGUGAAACUGUCAUGUAUCCCUAUUAUUCUAAGUGGAUAAGAGGACACCGCGACUUACCUUUGAAACUUAACCAGUGGUGCAAUGUUGUUCGAUGGGAGUUCAGCAAUCCAACUCCAUUUAUCAGGAGUCGUGAGUUUCUUUGGCAGGAGGGGCAUACAGCAUUUGCCACAAAGGAGGAGGCAGAUAAAGAGGUUCUUGAGAUCUUGGAACUAUAUAGAUGCAUAUAUGAAGAAUACUUGGCUAUUCCUGUUAUAAAGGGCAAGAAAAGUGAACAUGAGAAGUUUGCAGGUGGACUUUAUACAACUAGUGUUGAGGCUUUUAUUCCGAACACUGGCCGUGGUAUCCAAGGUGCAACUUCACAUUGUUUGGGCCAAAAUUUUGCAAAAAUGUUUGAGAUAAAUUUUGAAAAUGAGAAAGGUGAAAAGACUAUGGUCUGGCAGAAUUCCUGGGCAUACAGUACUAGAACGGUUGGAGUGAUGGUGAUGGUUCAUGGGGACAAUAAAGGCUUGGUACUGCCUCCAAAAGUAGCAGCUAUCCAAGUUAUUGUGAUUCCGGUGCCUUACAAAGAUGCUGAUACUAAAGGGAUCUUUGAUGCCUGUGAUGCAACUGUGAAAACAUUGACUGAAUCAGGUUUCCGUGCUGAAGCAGACUUCAGGGAUAACUAUUCACCUGGUUGGAAGUAUUCACAUUGGGAAAUGAAAGGUGUUCCUCUAAGGAUUGAAAUAGGGCCAAAAGAUCUUUCCAAUAAUCAGGUACGUGCUGUUCGCCGUGAUAAUUCAACUAAAAUCGAUAUUCCGAUGGCCAGUUUGGUUGAACAAGUAAAAGAUAUGCUAGCUAAUAUUCACCAAAGCCUGUUUGAUGUCGCCAAACAAAAACGAGAUACCUGCAUUCAGGUUGCAAAAACUUGGGAUGAGUUCAUGGAAGCACUGAGCCAUAAAAAAAUGAUAUUGGCUCCUUGGUGUGAUGAAGAGGAGGUGGAGAAAGAUGUGAAAGCACGGACAAAAGGGGAGAUGGGAGCUGCUAAGACACUUUGUUCUCCAUUUGACCAGCCUGCACUGGAUGAAGGUGUAUUGUGCUUUGCCUCAGGCAAACCUGCCAAGAAGUGGACGUACUGGGGUCGAAGUUACUGAUCAUGAAUUUUGGUCUUGAUGAUUUUUAUUUUUAUGUUUUUUGAGGGUGUUACUUCUGUGUGUCUUCAACUGAGUGAGUUUAGAUGUGUGACAUUUGGGUGCAGUGAUUGGAGCACCUUUAAAGAACCUACGGGUGGUUACAAAGACGGACCAACGUUUUUUUUUUGCACAAUAUUAUUUCAACUUGCGAAUUAUGGGAUUUUUUUGACAUUUG